CUUCAACACCUCUCUCUCUCUCUCACACAGCAAGCAUAACGAUCAUGGCUUCGGAUUCUAUCCCUGUGGAACUCAGCCACGAGUUAUUGUCAAGAUUGCCAGCAAAGUCAAUCGCUAGGUUUCAUUGCGUGUCCAAGCAAUGGGCAUCAAUACUUGAUCGGCCACACUUCAAAGAUUUGUUCCCUCCAGACGAUACGUGGUGGAUCUUUCCUCAUCAUGACCGAAAGUUCGCAUGCGGGUAUGCCUCUGGUUUGAUCUAUUUCUCUUGUAUGUCGGUUAAGGAGGGUUACGAUGGAGUGCCUGUAAUUUGUAACCCUAAAACAGGACGAUAUGAGAUCUUACCUUAUAUCAGAAGGUACAGAAAGUCGUAUAGUUUUUUUGGGUUUGAUCCUGUUGAAAAGCAAUACAAGGUAUUGCACAUAGCUUAUCCAUGUGGUCCUAAUGAUCACAGAAUUAUGACACUGGGAACUCAAGGAAUGAGGUGGAGAAAGAUCCAUUGUUCUUUAAGACUUGAGAAUCUGAGUGAAGGGGUAUGCAUUAAUGGGGUUUUGUAUUACUUAGGUGACACGUCUGAGUGUAAGAAAAAGAUUAGGGAGAAGUCUAGUUUUGCAAUAGCAUGCUUUGAUAUUCGGUCUGAGAAGUUCAAGUUUCUUUAUCCGGAGAGCUUUUGUGAAUUGGUAAACUAUAAUGGUAAGUUAGGUGUUAUUUACUAUGAUGAUUUCACUGAUGAUGCUGUUGCGUUGCGUGUGUGGGUUCUAGAGGAUGUAGAGAAACAAAAAUGGUCGAAAUAUUCCUACACUCUGAGGGGUGAUAAACUCUUCCCGCAUUAUGCUUCAGUGGUUGGAGUGAUUUCUACUGGUGAAAUUGUGUUGUCGAUGGCUGAUUAUACGUCCAAACAACCGUUUUAUAUUUACUACUUCAAUCCUGAACGGAACACCAUUCGACGUGUUGAAAUCCAAGGUUUCGGAGAAUACCACGAAGCUUCCAAAAACCCUAGUAGAGUCUACGUCUUUUUAGACGACUGUAGUAGAUUCUACCCUUCUGCACACCAUGCUGAGGAUCUUAAUGUUAAGGAUCCAAAGCUACUAAACUCAAGCAUCUAUGCUCCAUAUGUGUAUAAAGGAGAAGAUGAAGAAGUAGAAGAAGAAGAAGACGAUGAUGAUGAAAAUGGUUUUAGUCAAUUUUAUGGUAAAAAGAGGAAGAAUAAACCAGAUGAAAGCAGGAGUAGAAAAGGAAGAAAGCAGGAGGGGAACUAAAAGAAGAAGAAAAAGAAGAAAGUAGGAGGAGAAAACAGAGACAAUCAUUGGAGUUAGGUGAAAGCAAUAUGGGCAUGUCAUUUUGUGCUUUUAUGUAUGCGUUGAUGCUUUUGAGUUAUGUACCCUCUUUAUAACUAUUUUAAUAAACCAAGUUUUCUUUUAAGAUUCCAUCUCUUCUCAGUUUCUAAAUGCAAUAGCAUCCUCUGGGCGGUAAUGAAUACAAAACAGUGCGUGGAGAGUUUAUAUGUGACAAAUAAUUAUAUUUUGAUGCUGUCUUAAACAGAAAAAAACGUGUAUAUAUUGAUAAGUAAAUCGGUUACUCCUGCAUGUUCACUCUUAUCCUGUUGUGGAUGUUCAAGGGUCAGAGCAAAAACA